CUUCCAGGACCUUCAGUGAUCCAUUCAAGCCAACAAGUUUGGAGAGAAUGUUUGAGUUUAAUCAAUUCAGAGCGACGAGAUGGAGCCCAACUCACUCCUGUGGGUAGGCUCACCUUGUGGUUUGCACGGACCUUACAUUUUCUACAAGGCGUUUAGAUUUCACCUUGAAGGCAAAGCGAGGAUUUUGUCCCUGGGAGAUUUUUUCUUGGUCAGAUGUAAAGCGGGGGACCCCAUCUGCAUAGCAGAACUACAGCUCUUAUGGGAGGAAAGGACAACCAAGCAACUUCUAUCCAGCUCCAAACUUUAUUUUCUCCCAGAAGAUACCCCCCAGGGCAGAACUGUCACUCACGGAGAGGAUGAAGUUAUCGCCGUGUCAGAGAAGGUGAUCGUGAAGUUGGAGGAUCUGGUGAAAUGGAUGGUGUCAGAUUUGCGGAGCUGGAAGAAGGGUCUUCAGGCCGUCCCACUGAAGCCCGGUGUGCUGAAGGAGCUGGGCAAGAACGGCCAGAGAGAAGCCCUGCACAAAUACAGAGAGUCAACGCUCAACAGCGGACUCAACUUCAAGGACGUCCUCAAGGAGAAGGCUGAACUCGGAGUUUCUCUGUCAGAUGCAAACUUGAUAAAAGGAGUGUUUAAAUGA